AUGCGGCUGGUGUACGGGCGGCUGCUCCGCAUGCAAGCCCACUUCGAGAUCCCACUCGAGGUGCGGCUGCAUGCGGCGCAGUCACUCGGGAGGCUUGGGCGGCAUUCCGCUGCCCUUAAGCUUAACUACGCUCACGUUUUGUACGCGCAUGGUGGCAAGGCGAAGAGGGUAUCUUACAGCACCUCACACGCAGAGACAUUGGCGGCUAUUUCUGGCAUGGAGGCAUCGAGCAUGGUGGCUACUCGGCUCACUGAACUAUGGCUGCCGGACAAACAACCUACCCUCGAGAAGUUGAUCCUCUACCAGGAAUCUGGGUCACCUCUGUUUCCAGUGGAUGCGGCUACAGAUUGCCGCGACUUCUUUGAGUUGGCCACAGGGAGCAAGUCUUUGCCACAGGACAAGUUGCAGCGCCUGUACUUGCUGGCGAUCAAGGAGGCACGAGUUACUGGGCGUCUACGAAACUUCAUGCUCAUCCCAACACAGUGUAUGACGGCAGAUGCUCUGACUAAGCCUAUGGUUUCGUUCGUGCUCAAUAAAGUUCUGAGCUCCGGCUAUGUGCCCUUCUGGAAUGAGGACAAGCAUCCUGCACUUGUUCGGCGACUGCCCACUUUGGCGGAGAUCAGCGAGGAGGACCUGUACAAGGCCGAUGACAGGUCAAGAAGGAAGUUCUGGAGGGAAGGCCCAAUUUUGCAGGCACAGCAUGUGCUGCGCUGA